UCCCAUGUGAUGUGUUGCCAACACAGCGGUUUUGGAAAUUUAUAAUAUUAUAUGGCAUUACUCGCAUAGUUAUCUAUUUUGCAGAUGCAGAUUUUUAGGCAGUGUUGCGGUAUACACUUUAGCUAUGUCUGAAUUCCUAAUGCAGCAGGCGUAUAUAUACAUACGGACCUCCAGGCCGUACGCAGGAAAUUUUCUGUAGGGUGGCAAAGCCGCAAAGUGGGUGUUUAUGGUCAGAUAUCACAACAAUGUCAUUGCCAACAUCUGCUGAUGACAUUUUUGCCCGACCAUCUUCUCCACCUGAUAGAGGAAACCAGCCUGUGCGGAACUGGCGACGAUGCGUGAUAUGUUCUGAGCAGUCUUCCUUCAAGUCACCAAGAGAGUUUGCCACUCACUUACGAGAAUUGCACAGCACUAGGGAGGGUGGCUCCUUCAUCUGCCGAUACGGACUGCACGGCGUCUGUCCGUCGCUGCCAGUGCUGGGUGUCAGUGACAAAGAUUACGAAGACCAUGUAUCUCGAGACCACAUACUUACUUCAGGCUCUAGGAGUGGCAGCAGCAGUCGCGCCAGCACGCCUGGCAUGCCGCGGUCCUCGACAGUACCGAACAUCGUGUCUGCGAAUAGAUGGAGCGUGUACAGCUCCUCACAGAACCUACCCGCUGCUCUGAACGAUCCCAACAAGAGUAGAAGUGAAGCGAUGGUGUUCUUCACGCGCACGUGGGGCACAGUGUUCAUCGACAGGGUUGACAUAGCCGCCUCGCCCUACCUGGAUGACAUCACGAGGACUGACUUUGAAGAUUACAUGCAGAAGACGUCUGUGAGAUACAGAAGACAUCAACAGUACAGUCAGCCUGCUAAUGAGAAAGAUAAAGAAAGAGAUGUCGUGAAAAUCCUGCACAACAAGACAAGAGAAGCCGUUGAGUUGGCGCGCAGUGCAGACUUGGAUCAGAUACCCAAGGUGUUCAUGCAACCAAACUUUCAACUGGAAGAUCCGGAUACGUUCCGGGACGUGCUGCCCUGGAGCCAGCUCGAGUCCUCAUCUAAUGGGGCAGCCGUUGAGACCAAGGCGAGGCAGAGUAGCAGGCUACUGCAGGAAAAGCUCACACACUACCUGGACAUCGUUGAGGUACAGCUUGCGAAGAUGAUCUCACUGCGAUCAGAUGCGUUCUUCCAUGCAAUGACGUCACACGACCAACUACAGAGCAACAUGCUCGCCACCUGUCACUCCAUUAAACAUCUCAGGGAUAGGGUGCACACCAUUGAUAAGGUAUUCGUUGAAGGGCCACUAAAGAUCAUGAAGCUCAAGAGUAAACGAACUAAUUACGUCACCAUGUAUAACAAGUUGAAGAUGAUGGCGACGGUGCAUCAGACGCAGCCGACCAUCCAGCUGCUUCUAUCCACGUCUGAGUUUGUCGGCGCUCUUGACCUGAUCUCGACGACACAGGAGGUGCUAACGCAGGAGCUCGCUGGCAUUGUCAGCUUCAGACAUUUGGGGUCACAGCUGACUGAAAUGGAAAAGCUCAUUGAUAAGAUGAUGCAAUCUGAUUUCGUUCGAUAUGCCGUGGCUGACCUGACGCGACCCCUGACCCCAGAGCAGGUGCAGGUCAUGGAGGAGGAGCGAUUGGUGACAAUACUGUUUGGAAUGCUGCAACAAAGGAAGUUUGUCUUUGUUGAUAUGUACAGAGAGGAGGCAGCAGCGACCAUCAAAGCCAUAAUCAAACAGACUGUCAUCGAGAUAGUCUCGCAGGCAGACGACAUUGAUGUGGAAGGCAACGUGUCCAGCUUGGCCGAUCAGAUGCGAUUGCUGCAGUUUGAAACGUGGCUGGAGCUGCUGAGGGAGGUCUUCAGGAUUCUAGUGGUGCUUCUCACUAGAAUACAGGGCGUGAGAGACAUGAUGCAAGACGUCGUGCACAUAUCUGCCGGCAAGGCGCGCGUGCAUGGCAGCCUGAACAAGUCGAACAACUGUGAUCAGUGGCCAGCAGAGGGGGGCGCCACUGCAGCCGGCAUCACACCAGAGGCCGCACACGUGCACGUACCCAUGGCAGCUGAGGUGGACGUGGUCAUAACGGAGUCGGAAUGUACGAAGCUGACGUCCAGCCUGCGAGACAUGCUGUGCUCACUCUGCGACACCGCGCACGACCGCUGCACAAAGCUGCUGACCGCAAAGGCAAAGGACGGGUUUCUGGAGAAGCUGAUGCCGACGGAGUUUGUGCAGCUGUCGCGCAGCAUCGAGCAGUUCGCUACAGAGUGCGAGCGCAUAUGCGGUCGCCGCAGCACGUCUCUACGGGGCGGCCUGCAGAGUCAGGCAAACCGCUUCGUCAAUCGAUUCCAUGAGGAGCGAAAACAAAAACUAGGGUUAAUUCUAGACAAUGAGCGAUGGAAACAAGCGGACGUGCCCGCUGAGUUUCAGGAACUAGUCGAUCACAUGGAAGAGACAGGUGAGGUGAGCCUGCCGUCUCGGCCGGACACCGCAGAGAUUCAGAAGCCAGUCGACUACCUGUUUGUGCGCAAGGAGAGAUUCGCCGUCGUCGGCACGGUGCUGAUGCUGCUCAAGAUGGUGGUGGAGUACGGGCAGUGCGUGGACGACAUGCCGGCGGUGGGCACCGACCUGCUGACGCGCAUCGUCGAGCUGCUCAAGCUGUUCAACUCACGCUCCUGCCAGCUGGUGCUGGGCGCUGGCGCCCUCCAGCAGGUCCGACUGAAAACAAUCACGACGAAGAACCUAGCCCUGGCUUCAAGCUGCCUGCAGCUGAUGGUACACUUCAUGCCGCUGCUGAGACAGCACUUCAAACGGCAAAUCCCAACACGACAGCAGACUGUAGACAAACAUUUCGACCAGGCGCUGAAGGACUAUAAUGACCAUAUCGAUGAAAUUGCAAACAAACUGCUGGCCAUCAUGGAUACGAUGAUAGAUUCCCAAUUGGCCAAGUGGGAGGCAAAGCCACCUAUGCCAUCAUCUGGCAUGCGAGCCAUCGGCAAGCAAAUGGGCAAGCUGCACGAAGCUAUCAUAGAUCUACUGCCAGCCGAACAAAUAAAUGCGCUGUUCCUCAAGAUAAACGAAUCGUUUAAGUUGAAGUUCCGACAGAAGCUAUCUAAGCUGUGUAUACUAAAUAACGGGGGACCACAGCAUGCGCUUGUAACAUCGGAUCUUACAUUCUACGUGGGCCAGAUGAAAAGUCUUUCGUCCUUGAGAAAUUUUGAUGACAGAAUGGUCGAAGUAUGGCCAAGUCGAUGAAACCUGCAUGGGCAUGCUACUGCAGUUCACUCAAAAUGGCUGCUUUCCUUGCACACAAGAACGGUGCCACCAUAUAACUUUCAAUAAAACAGUUAUCAGAUGAAGAAAUGAUCGUGUUUGCGUGCAGAACUGAACGUUUGCUGUCCGAAUUAUUCCAUUAUUACACCCAGAUGCGGAUUGCAUACAGUUGCUGGAAGUGGAGCCAAGCAAAUGAAGGACACUGCUGCUAUCUGCAGCAACCAUUCUCCUUGAUUAGUCAUCUACGGGCAAGCAGAAUGUUGUCCCGUCUUCUAAUUGUACCCAAUCAGAAACCUUUCUUGAUGCCAUCAGUGCAAACCAUAGUACAAAAUCGAGGCUCGACCUAACACACAUAUCACACGCAAGUGUCAG